UUGAACCUUUGAGAUUGAGUUAAGUUCUCCUCCUACAGCUUACCCCCUAAUGCGUCCAAAGCCAUAGCGUCGCGAAUACUUCAUCAAUCAACGUGAUUCAAAUUGGGAACGGUAGCUGAGAUUAAGAGCUACAACAUAUCCAAGUUUCGCGACAUUCCAACGGCUAGUUUUUCGUCGACAUUGUUUCUUGUGAAGACGACGUUUCUGUCCAGAAUUUCGGAUUUAUAUUUUGAGUAAUUCUAGUUCCUAAGUUCACCUAGACUCCGUCCUUAAUUCUAACAAGUGGUAUCAGAGCAAUAUUAAGGACAUUGAGAGGAGUCUACAGAAGUGUGAAGACCCUUCUAGACCCACCAUGGCCUGUGGGUGUGCCUAAGUGGUGUUCUAAAGGUUGGAUGUGUCUUCCGCUAAGGGAAACUCUGCCGAAAUUUCGUGGACGCCGAUACUUGUGAAAAUAUCGAGGAAGCUGAGUGUGGACAGCAAAGGGGGGCUGAAAUUCGUCAUUUCUCAAGGAGAAGAUGAAUGAGAGAGGAGGAGAUGCUAAUGGAAGAGGAGCUGUACCUGAGAAGGCAAGUGAGCCGCCGCCAUCAAAAGUUGAAGCUUUGGAUGGCUCCAACUAUGAGGAAUGGAGCGGACGGAUGAGGAGUGCCUUCAAACGCUACAAGCUACUGAAGAUUGCUGUUGGGGAAGAGAAGAUGCCGGAAGAAGGCGAAGCACGUGAACGGUGGAUUGAGAAAAACGCGGUGCUUUUCGACCUCAUCCUUCAAUCGGUCAACAAGGAGAUGUUCGAGCACAUCAAGGAUCUUGUGGAAGCGGAUGAUUCGGGUCCAAGGGCAUGGAAACUACUACGCGAUGUGUUUCAGCCCAGCACUCUCCUGAUGGUGAUCGUGCUCAAGAAGGAACUUGCUGCCAUCUCCAUGCGACCAGGGGACGAUGUGAAGCUGGUCCUUGACAAGAUCAAGGACACCUAUGCAAGGAUGGCAGCAGCGGGCAGCGGUGUAUCUCAGCUGCAGCAGUGCACCAAGAUCAUCUCGGUGUUGGACAACUCUUGGGACAACCUCAUCCCCACCCUCAACUCUCAGCAAGAUCAAUGGACACCUGAUGGCAGGGGGAGUACCAGAAUGGAGGGCACCUGCUGGUACUGCAAGAAGGUCGGGCAUCCUUGGUUCAAGUACUUCAGCAGGCCGGAGGGAUGGGCACCUCCAGGCAUGAAGCCGCCAAGUGGUGAACGCGCACAAGGUGGCGCUGUGCAAGGCUCAGGUGCACAAGGUGAAGGUGCACAAGGUAACGCCUAUCCUGGGAUGUAUCUCAUGGUUGAGGAUGUGCAUGGGCAUGAGGGUGAUGUGGGAUCUGUGGGAAAGGUUGUGAUGCACCCUCUCACGCACUGGGUGAUUGAUUCAGGUUGCACCAGUCACAUGACCCCACGGGCAGAUUUGCUUGAUGAGGUAAAACCCCCUGGGAAGAUCAAGUAUGUGGCAGCAGCGUCAGGUGCUUUGCUCCCCGUGAUUGGUAUUGGAAAUGCCAAGGUUAAGGGAGCUAAUGGGGAGCUUGUGGGGCUUGGGAAUGUUCUGCUGGUUGAAGGCUUGCAGGUCGCCCUUGUGAAGAAUAGGGUGCUGGCUACAGUUGGAGAUAAGGAGUGGAUCCCAUAUGUCAAGUGGUAUGGGAGUGCUCCAGCUGUGAAUAUGCUGAGGGCAUUUGGGUGCAUGGUAGUGUUUCAUGUGCCUAAGGAGAAAAGGGGAAGUUGGAGGCUUCUGGAAGAUGGGGUGUGCACUUGGGGAUUGCAAAGGAUCACAAGGGAGGAGGAGAUGUCUGGGGUGACUGAGGAAGGGGGAGCAGCUGAAGUAGAGCAGCAGCAGCAGCAGCAGCAUGAGUCUCCACCUCGAGUUCCACACCCGCCUGAGCGACCUAGGAGGGAUGUGCGCCCUCCGGUGAGGCUGACCUAUGGGGGAAGAGGCAAGCCGAAUGUGGUGCAGGCUGGGAGCACAAGUAUGGACCUGAAGGGGAGCUGACCCGAUACAAGUCUAGGCUUGUGGCACGGGGGUUUCAGCAGACAAAAGGGAAGGACUAUGAUGAGGUGUUUGCUCCUGUGGGGAAAGGAACAACACUGAGGGUGCUGUUGGCGAUAGCUGCACUCCUGGGAUGGAAGAUACGGCAGAUGGACAUUGUGACUGCCUUUCUGAA